AUGGCGAUUCCGGCGGUGCUGGCGCUCGCGGCAACCAUGCCCUCCGGCGCAGCGCUGCUCGCCGGGCUUGUCGUGGCGGCGGGGCUCCUCGUGGUCGUCCAGCAGCACACACAAGCGGUGUCGCGGGUUCUGGCAGCAUGGCUGUGGCGUCGGCUGGCGACAUUAUCACCCGACGGCGGCACUGAUGGGGGUCUGCGAGUUGUCGCCACUGCGCAUGGAAUCCUCGUCAAGGGGUUUGAGCUAGACCCGUCCGUGCUGCGGGACAGCGGCGGCCCGCUCCUGCUCAGAAGAUUGCUGGUGCGGGAGGCCGAGCUGCGGUGGCCGGGGCGGAACAGCCCGCUGCUGCUCAGGGCCCACGGCCUGAGCGUAGAGCUGCUGCAACGGCAAGCGCCCAAGCCCGGCGCACCGGCAGAUGCGCAGGACGCCGGCUUGCUCCACAGCCAGCAGCUCCUCCUGCUGGAACAGCUGCUGUGGCGCGGCUCCCCGGGCCGCCGCCGCAGCCGCUGGGCCGGCCCGCUGCGCGCGCUCCUGCGGGGCGCACUCGCGGCGGCGGCCAGGUCGGUGGUUGCUGAGGUGGCGGAUGCCGAGCUGCAGUACACCCAGGAGGGCGACGUGGGACCCUGGUGCGUCGGGCAGCAGGCGCGCACCGCCGACGCGCUGCGCGUCGGCGUGCGCCUCGCGCGCCUCUCGCCGCCGGGGGCUGCGGCGGCGGGGACGCCGGCACCGACUGGGGGCGUGGCGGGCGCCAGCGGUCGCGCUGGCGGGCAGGCUGCGACGUGCUUUGCCUUAGAGGGCGUCAGCGCGAGCCUGCUUACUCGUGCGCUGCGGCCGGCGGGCGGCCCCGGCGGCGCCGUCGCGCCUGCGUCGAAGGCCGCGCGCGAGUGGCGGCGGCAGCAGCCGCAGCAGGAGCAAUGGGAUUCCGCGGGGUGCGACGUUGGCGACGCGCAGCCAGGCAGAGAUGGCUGGGACUGCGAGCUGGUCGUGCUGCGGCAGUGGUUUGCUCAUGUCACGCUGACAGUGUCAGGAAACCCGCCCGCGCACCAGCAGCAGCAGGAGGAGGGCUCAGGGGCGGCGGCCCAGCCUCCAGGGCGGGAGGAGCGCGGCGGCCUGGCGCGGGAGCAGCGCCGGGCUGCGCCGGCGCUGCGGCUCGUUGUGUCGACCCUAGGCGGCGGCGCGGCGGGGCAGCAGCAGCAGCGGCACCAGCCGCGGGGGCAUGCAGCCGCGGACGGCGCCGACGCGGACGGCGGGUGCCACCUGUCGGCGGCGGUGUCCCUGAAAAGCCUGGUGCUGGAGGCAUCCCCAGAGGCGGCCGCGGUGUUCUUACGGCUGAUGAACAGGUGGAUGGCGUACAGCCGUUUUGCGCCGCUUUGGACCGCGCGCCCCUCAGUCCCCGUGCGCGCGGCCCCCGCGCUCUGGUGGCGCCACGCCGGCGCGGCGGUCGUCGCUGAGUGCCGGCGACGGCUGCCGGUGCGGCGCGCUGAGCUGGCGCUGCUGCGGCGGCGCGAGUACCUGCUGCUUUACCGCGCGGUGCACGCGGCACAGCCGGCUGAGUUUAUAGCGGACCCUCGCGGGCUGCAGCGGGGAUCUACUGUGCACAUUCCAGCGGCGGCGGCCGCGGCGCGCCUGCGCGUCCUGGAGCGCGCCAUGACGCCGUCGCAGGUCUCGCUGUACCGCGUCUUCGUCGCCGCCCGCCACAGCGCGCACCUGGCGGCGUCGCCGGGGCUGAGGGCGCAGUGGCUCGAGGCGAUGGACGCGCUGGGAAGCUUCCUGGACCUCGUGCCCACGCAGGGCGCGGAGCGCGGAGGCGGAGGGCUAGCGGAGUGGGCGGUGACUGUUUCGUGCCCCGCGCUGGGCGUUACGCUGGUGCACCCUGAGCGGGGGUCCCACCUGUCGGGCCAGGUUCACGGCCUGCUGCUGGAGGCCGCCAGCGGCGGCGCCGCACGGGCGACUGCGGCUGUGGUCGCGGUUGGCGGCGCCAACGCCGCCGACGGGGCGACGCAGGUCUUGCAGAUGCCGAUGCCAGAGGCGCUCCGGGCCACCUACUGCUGCCAGUUCGGCCCGCCACCACCGCCAGCCCAGCCCCCGCCCCCGCAGCCGCAGCCGGCCGCGGCGCGCCCUGGAGCAGGCCCCCACGACCUCGAAGACUGGGCCUGGGCGGCUGGAGGGGACGGCGGCGGCCGCAGCGGCGCGGGACUGCAGCAGCCUGGGCAGGUGUAUGCAGACUCCCUCGUGUCUUCUUACCUCCCACAUGCGCGGCUGGCGCUCGCACCCGUGCUGCUGCGGAUGCAGCCGUCGUCGCUGAGCGAGGCGCUGAGGUUUAUAGAGCGCGUAAAGGCCUGCUUCGAGGCGGGCCUGCCGGCCAGGGACAACGCGCUCCAGGAGGCGGAGGCGCUGCAGCAGGUUGUCGUGCAGGCGUACAAGCGCCACGGCGUCCCGCUGCCCUACGCGCUCUCUUCCUUCAUCCCGACGCUGUCGGUGCGCUGCCCACAGCUGGUGGCCGUCGCGGCGCUCCGCGGCGGGGGCGCGCUGCGCAGCGGGCCGCUGGCGCCGGGGCCAGGCGGGCGGCACGAGCUCGUGGGAGUCAUGGAGGGCCUGCAUAUCGGCGUCAGGUAUGAGACCAGCUGCUACAGCAGCUUGGUCCGCCAGCUGCACGCCUCAGCCGACGCGGAGGUGUUCUUCCAGCAACACUCACACCCCGCAUCUGCAGCGGCAGCCAGCGGCGGCGCUGCCUCAACGGCCGCAGCCGCGGCUUCGGACGUGCUCGCGCCGUAUGCAGCCCUGUGGCUGCACCCGGACGAUUUGGAGUAUCUGCUGGCCGCGGGGAGUGGCGCUGGGGCGGCGGCGGCGGCGGCCAGGAGCGGCGCAAAUGAGUCGGCAGCAUCUUCACCGGCGGCGAGAAGCAGCAGAGUCGGGGCGGGCGCAGGGGCCGCGGCGGCGGCUGGUCACCAGCAAGCACGGGGCGCGGGUGGCAAGUUGGCAACUUCCAACGCCCUGCCGCAGGGCCUGUCCUCCCUGCCGUCCUGCCAGCCGUUCGUGCCGCUGCUGCGCGCGCGCCACCUGGUGGCCCAGCUGGCCACACAGAUACUGAACGAGCCCUCGGCAGACCUGCUGAUGGAAGCCGCCGACCAGCUGCUGUCGGACGCCCUGCAGCUUCACCGCAGCUUCGUCGACGACAUCCUGAGCCCCUCGGUCGGCCCCCGCGCGCGCGCCUCCUCAAGUGCCACUCGCGUCGCCCUCUCUGCGGCCGCGCACGCAGCCGCGGCGGCUGCCGGCCCGUCAGGGGCUGCACCAGGAGUCGGGCAGCAGGCGGGGCCGCUUCCAGCUGCGGCGUCGGCCGGCAAAGGCAGCAGCUUCUUAUUGGACCUUCCUUUGUUUGAGCUGCUGCUGUUCUGCUGCCUGCCAAGCGCGGAGGGGGCGGCUGCUGCUGCGGUGGCGGCGGCGGGGCCGCGGCUGGGCGGCGGGCAGGCGGGCGCGGCUGGUGGCGGGUACAGGUUCACCCUUCACCCCGCCGCCUGGGUGCCCCGCCGCGCCCCCAACGACCCGCGGCCCCCCUCCCAGCUGCUGCGCUGGGCCGAGGCGCUUGCGCCCGUCGGGAGCCUGCUGCUCAUUGAGCUGCGCUGCGGCGCGCACCUGGGGCCGUGGGGCGGGGUGGUGGCAAAGGCCCGGCUGGGUUCUGUGGUGGCUGUGAACCUCCAGCUGUGCAAGAAGGGCCGCGGCGCGGCCACCCUGCCCAUAGUCGACGGCGCGCUGCCGCCGCGCAGGGCGGCGGCGCCGGCGGCCGCGCCAGAGGCGAUGGGGACGGCGGCGUCGGCGGCGGCGGCGGCAGCCCGUCCCGCGCCCGAGGCGGAGCCGGGCUCGCCGCCGCAGGGCCUGCGGGGCGGCGGCGUAGGCAACGGCGUCGAGCGCCACGGCGCCGGCGGCGUUGGUGGCGGCGGAUCGGACGCGUCCUGCAGCCCCAAGGGGCACCCCGGCCGCGGCGCCGCGCGCCCCGCGCCGUCCCGGGGGUCAGCCGCGGCGGCGGCGCUACAGGGAGCGGUCGCCGCCGGCCUCGCGGCGCACGAGCUGCCCGGCUCGCCGGCGGCGGCGGUGCCCGCUGCUGCUGCAACAGAGGAGGCGCGAGGGCGGUGGGAGGGCGCCCUGCCUUACGUCGGGCUCGACAUCAAUAAGAGCGCCCUGCUGCUGGCGCCGUACGCCGCGCGCGCUUGCGCCGCGUACCGCUUCGCUGCGGAGCGGCGGCGGCUGCUCAUGCACCUCGGCGCGCCGCCGCAGCAGCAGCAGCCGUCGCUUUUGUCGCUGGCCGGCCCCGCGCCGCUGUCGAGCGACGGCCCCGAGCCGCCGUGCGCGCUGCGGGCCCGGCCGAGCGUCACGCGCGCCGGCGUGCUGCGGCAGCGCUGGCAGCGCGUGCUGGAGCUGCGGCUGCUGGGCCGCAGCUCCGACUAUGCGCUGUGCCUGCUGGCGCACCGCUACCGCCACGCGCGGCCGGCACGGCAGCCCAGCGGGGCCCCUGGCGGCGGCAGCGGCGGCGGCGGGGCCGGCGGAAGCUCAGGGGGCACUGGUCGCAGCGCGCGCUUGUGCGUGCAGGUGGAUGCGGCCGAGGUUUUGGAGGAGUAUGAGGGGGCGUUCUUGGGCAUGCUUGCGGCCCGGCCGCCCCCGCAGCUGCCCGUAUCGCGCAGCCUGACGGGCGACGGGGCCGCCUCCCCCAUGGCGCGCGUCGGUGCGCUCUUCUCUGGCGGCUGGGCCACGCCGCCGCCAGGCGGCCGGGUCGCCAGCGCAGACGGCGGCGCCGCCGCCGGGGCGACUUUCGCCCAACGCCCGGCCGCAGACGCCCGCCGCGACGGCUUGCCGCGCCACCGGCGCACGCGGUCCUUCUCCUCUGCCGGCGAGCGCGCCGGCGGCGACGCGUUUGCGCCCGCGGCAGGCGAGCGGCCGCUGCCUCUGCCGCCGCGGAGGGGCGCGUCGCGGCCCGCGGCGGCGCCGCCAGUCGCUGCUGCCCCCGCCGCCGCGCGGCUGCGGCCAGCAGAGGUCGAUUUCGUCGAUGCCUUUUACGGCGCCGGCACGCGCGGGGGCGAGGGCGGCGACGGCAGCGGCCAUCAGGCGUCCCUGCGCACCUCGUUCGCAGACCCCCAAGCCGUGGCGGUGUACAGACGUGCCCCCGCAGGCGCCGGCGCGGACGCAGACGCAGGAGAGGAGGACGGGCUGCUGCUGUCGCUGGGCGCGGUGCACGUCGCGGCGGGGCCGCACACGGCAAGCGUGGGGCUGCAGCUGGCGAGCAGCUUCCUGCCAGUGCUGAGCGGCCGCAGGAUCAGGGGGCUGGAGCAGCAGGCGCCAGCAGACACCCAACAGCAGCAGCAGCGGCUGCGGCAGGGCAGCGCGUCGCCGCGGCUGCCUGAGAUCGCGCCCGCUCUCCAGGCGUCGCCCGAGCCGGCAGCAUCCGCCCCGGCGCCCGCGCCUGCAGGGCCGGCAGCUGGCGGCGGCGCGGGGCGCGCGGCCCCACGCGUGCACGUGCGCGCCGCUCUGCUGCUGGUGACCUUGAAUGUGGAGGAACCGGCAGUAAACAACGCAAGCUGUGACCUGCGCAGCAAGGGGCUCGCGUCGCUGCUGUGCCUGGACGGCCGGGCGGCGCUCGCGCCGUAUGACGGCGCCGUGGCCGCGGGCGCGGGCGCGGGCGGGCAGCGGCUGGCGGCCGGUGUUGGCGGGGGCGCGUCGCUGGCGGCGCUAUCUGUGGGCCAUAUGGGCGUGGUGGAUCUGCAGGCCCCGCUGGAGCAGCGCCACGUGCUGUCCUUCAAUCAACCGGCGGCCGGCGGCGCACCGGGCACAACGGCCCCGGAGGAGGGGCGAUGUUCGCUGCGCGUGCGCGCGCUGCUGCCGGCCCCGGCCCCGCAGCCUUCCGCGGCCGCGCCCGACGAGCCUCCGCCGCUGCGCGUGCUACUCGUCGCCCUGACCAACCCGCGCUUCGUGCUGCUGCGCCGCUUCUUGAACAACGCGGCGCACGCGUCUCAGAUCAUAGCCCAAGAGGCGGCCGCCUUCUGCGGUGUGCCCGAGCCUUCCGCCCCGGCUGCUGCGGUCCCCUCCUCGGCGCCGUCGGUGCCAGCGGCGGCGGUGCUUAUUCAGUUGAGCAACGUGCAGGUCGUUCUGCCGGCGAGCCACGCGUCCAAGGGGGCGGGGAACCAGUACGAGCGCGCGUCCGAGGCGCUCGCCGCCGCCCGGGACGCCGCCAGGCGCGCCAGGCCCAGCAGGGGCGGCGCCCGCGGCGGCGCAGGCGCCGGCGCCGGCGCUGGCACCGAGCUGCGGGCCGCCGCGCCUGCAGCGGCGCCGGGCCGCUACCCGGCCGAGCGGAGGGCGCCGCGGCACGCGUUCUACCGAGAGGCGCUGGUAAUCAACGCCACGGCGGUCGCGGUCGGCGCGCCCGGCGCGCCGGAGCUCCUGGCGUCGGCCGCCGGCUUUGCGGGCGAGCAGGGCGCGUUCCUGCCGCCGUGGAUGAUGGCGGCGUCGGAGGUCGAGCAGCUUGUCGGCGGCAGCCGCUUGAUGCUGCGGCGGCACGGGGGUGAGGAGCAGCAGCCCCAGCAGCAGUCUCAGCAGCACGGGCAGCAGCAGCAGCAGCAUCAGGCCGCUCCGCCAGUGGUUGAUGUCAGCGCGCCCGCCGCGGCGGACGCGGCGCGCCAGGUGUCGCCCGACCAGGCGCAGCAGCCGCAGACGCGGCCGCAGCCCCAGGCCCGAGGCUCGCCGCAGCAGCGGCGGAAUGCGGGCCGCGGCGCCGCGGCGGCGGAGCCGGGGCUGCUGCUCGUGCGUCCGAGCGGCGGCGGCGGCGGCGCGGGCGCAGGGACCGGUGAUGAGGAGCAGGAGGAAGAGGAAGAGGGUGCUUUGCGAACGUCAGCACAGGCCCGACCGUCGCCGACGAAGCGGCUGCUGGCGCACGCGGGCGCGGCCGUCAGCAAGCUGCUGCGCCGCAAGCGGACGGUGCACGUCCUGGCUGGCGACGCGCCAGGCCCUGCGCGCACGGCGGCCGCCAAUGUAGCGGUGCCGUCUCUGGGGGGGGGUCCACCGCCGCCCCCCUCGAGCUCAGGGCAACCGCCCGCCCGGGCCGCGGCAGGCGGGGCUGCCCCGGCGGCGCCGCUCUCUGGCGGCUACGGCUCGGCCGUCGCGGCUGGCGGGGACGCUCAGGCGCUUGUGGUCUUUGAAGGGCUUGAGCUGCUUGCUGCAGAGAUGCAGCGCUGCUCCUCGACCCUUGGUGGCGGCGGCCGCGGCCGCGGCGGCGACGAGGCCGAACCCCAACUCGCAGCUGAAGACGCCGCGCGGAGCCGCGGGCAGGGCCCCUGCGCCGGCUGCACCCUGGGGCAACUCGUCCCCAUACUUGAACCCUGCGACGUCACCGCGGCCGCCUACAACUACCACGCCCCGCCCACUUCCGCCGCGCCAGCCGCCUCCCCAGCCCCUGGCGCGCCCGCACCGGCGCCAGCACUGGCACAAGCGCCGCUGGCACUGGCGCUGGCGCUGCCGGGCGGCAUGGCCGUGCGGCUGGACCCUGGCAGUUACGCGUGCCUCAUGAGGGUGUGCUUCGAGAACUUCAUGGAGCUGCACAGCAGCUUCGACGCAGGUUCCAUCCCGCCGCGGCCGCCGCCGGCGUGGAACACGGCUUUCGACCCGGCCCCGCGGCUGGGGCUGCGGCUGGCGGGGCUGCGGCCGGCGGUGGUGCUGACUGUUGAGACGGGGCAGCUCAAGGCGACGCUGUCCAACCGCCCAGAUUGGUGGGACCCGGACUUGCAGCUGAAACGGGCAGACGAGGCCGCCGCCGCCGCUGCCGCCGCUGCCCCCGCGGCCGGUGCCCAUUUCGCCCCCGGCCGGCCCGGCAGCCCCUCGCGCGCCAGCCGCCCCCGCCAGCGCCCACAAGCGGCGGGCCCUGCCCCGCCGGCCCCGCCGAGCCCGCUGCCGCGGCCGGCCCCGCAGCAGCACGCCGCCCCGCCAGCACCAGGCGCCGGGCGGCAGCCGCAGCAGGGGCAACAGUGGCCGCGCCCUGCGCCGCCGUACGUGCCCGUGACGCGCCUGGUGGCGCAGCCCGUGCAGUUCAGCUUCGUGAUGGCUGCGGGCACCAACGACAUCCACAUAAAUGCCACGACAGACGACGUAGAACUACUGGAUGUGCGGCUGGCGUCGACGGCCCUUUAUCAGGUCGCGGGCGCGGGCGCUGGGGCUGCCGCCGACGCAGGCGCCGCGGCAGGACCAGUGGGCGCGUGCGGCGAGGGCGCCUUGGCGUCCAAGUUCGCAGUGGCCGCGGGCGAACGGCCGGCGGGGAUGGCCAACGGCAUGUUCGGCGGCCUGCGGCGCACGAGCAGCGCGCGCUCAACAGGCGCGGCGCCCGGCGCCGGCGCGGCGCUGUCGCGCCAGCCGACUGCGACGACGCGCGCCGCGCGCCCGCGUCGGCGUAUCGGCUAG